AUGUCCGAAGCUCAGAUCCCCGUCUGGCUGGAUUGCGACCCGGGCCAUGAUGACGCCUUUGCCAUCCUUCUCGCUGCGUACCACCCCAGCAUCAGACUACUCGGCAUCUCAACCAUCUUUGGCAAUGCACCUCUUGAAAACACCACUUACAAUGCCGCCUCACUCCUCACCGCCAUCGGCAGGCAUGACAUCCCACUCUACGUCGGUCUAGCCAAGGCCCUUGAGCGCCCUGCCAUCCACGCGCCAACAGACAUUCACGGCGACUCUGGCCUCGAUGGCACCGAUCUGCUCCCCAAGCCACUUGUCUCGCCCUCUUCCGUCCCGGCCGUUGAGGCCAUGGCUGAGGCCAUCCGCGCCGAAGCCCCCGGCACCGCAUGGAUCGUCGCCACCGGCGCCCUGACCAACGUCGGCGCCCUCUUCCGCAAGUACCCGGAGCUCAUCAGCCAUGUCAAAGGCGUGAGUCUGAUGGGCGGCUCCAUCGGCGAGGGAUUCUCGGAUGCGCCCCUUGGUGAAGUUGACGGCCAUCCCAGAAUCGGCAACUACACGCCCUGGGCCGAGUUCAACAUUCUCGUCGACCCAGAAGCUGCCGCGACAGUGUUUCAUACCAAGGAGAUCGCGGCCAAGACCACGAUUGUGCCGUUGGACCUGAGCCACCAGGUGCUGGCAACCCCCGAGGUGAGAGAGAUGCUCCUAUACGGGCCUGAAGCCGAAAAGACAGGUCCCGGAAAGACAACCCUGCGGACCAUGCUCGUUGAGCUUCUCUACUUCUUUGCGCAAACAUAUGCUGAUACCUUUGGCAUCACCGCCGGACCUCCCCUGCAUGAUCCCAUAGCCGUUGCCGCUGUGCUCAUUGGCACUGAGAGCGAAAUCCCCUUCUUCGAGUGGGAUGCCAAGCACAGUGAGCCGCCGGAGCACAAUGAGCGGUUCGAGGUGACUGUCAUCACAGAGGGCACCUUUGAUGAGGCCAGGGCAGGAAAGCAGACGGGACGUACAUUGGCCAAGCUCCUCCCCCCAGGAGAGGAGGGUGUGAGGAUUCCUCGCGGAGUCGACACUACCAAGUUUUGGCAGGUUAUUGAGGAGUGCAUUGAGCGAGCCGACGCAAAGAAUGCCGAGCUUAAGAGCGCUAACUAA